UGCUGCAGCCACAGCGGCCUCAGAAAGGAGAGCAGCUGGGGGGGAAGGACUGGUCCAGGCUGUUCGCACUCCGUAUUCACUGCAUCCCGUAACCCGGAUUCCCCGCCCUCUGCGACACAGCCAUGGCCAAGGAAGAGAACAAGGAGCAGUCCCAGUCUGGGUGGAAGCAGUUCAUUUACAACCCCCGGAGUGGAGAAUUCAUGGGCCGCACCGCCAGCAGCUGGGCUCUGAUCUUGCUGUUUUACCUGGUGUUCUAUGGAUUCCUCGCUGGGCUCUUCACCCUCACCAUGUGGGUCAUGCUUCAAACAUUAGAUGACUCCGUCCCCAAGUAUCGCGACAGGGUUUCUUCUCCAGGUCUUAUGAUUUCUCCUAAGUCUUCUGGACUGGAGAUUACAUUUAAUAAGAACGACCCCAAGUCGUACAGUGAGUUUGUACGAACCCUUCACUCAUUCUUAUUGCCAUACAAUGAUACCAAACAAGCCAAAAACAAGCCAUGCACCCCUGGCCUGUACUUUGACCAGGAUGGGCCUGAUCAGAAGGAGUCUUGUCAGUUUAACAGGUCCUCACUGGGACUGUGUUCUGGUAUUGAUGAUGCCAACUUUGGGUACAGCGAAGGAAAUCCCUGUGUGAUCGUGAAGAUGAACAGAAUUAUUGGAUUAAAGCCAGAAGGAAAUCCAAAAAUAAACUGUACUUCUAGGAAAGAAGAUGUAAACCUUCAGUAUUUUCCUGAGAAAGGAAAGCUUGACUUGAUGUAUUAUCCAUAUUAUGGGAAGAAGACGCACGAAAAUUACGUCCAACCUUUAGUUGCAGUGAAAAUUACACCGUUUAACAGCACUUCGGAGGAGAUUGUAGUAGAGUGUAAAAUCCAUGGAUCCCCCAAUCUGAAGAAUGAAGAUGAGAGAGACAAGUUCCUUGGACGAGUGACUUUCAGGGUCCGUAUCGGGGAAUAGAUGAUGCACCCAGUGUACAACAAAUAGAAAACAUUGUGUCUUUAUUUUUUAAUUUUAUUAUAUAUAUAUUUUUUUUUUUAAUUGGCCAGACCUUUUAUUUUAGGACUUGAAACUAUCUGGAAAGAUUACGUAAAUGGCACAUGAUUCAGGGUAGCAUAACACCAAUGUGCUUCCAAACAUGAUGUUUUAACCUCUUCCGUGCUGAAAAUGGAUGUGAAUUGUUGCUGGCUGCUCCAGCCCUUAAGAGGUUAAUUCUGCCUGCCCCCUUGGGGGGUUGAGUUUACAGACCAUUUUAAAAUAAUUAUCAUUUCAUAUUAGGGGACCUGUAAAUAGUUAUCGAACAUAAUACUGGUGGUGUUCGUCCAAUUUUGAUGUGGUUUUAUUCCUUACCCCAUCCCUUCUGUGAGUGUUAAAAGCUUAAUGUGUUGUGCUAUGUAAAUAUUUAAUUGAUUUAACACUGGUUUAACAGUCAUAUCUCAAACGCCUACACCGUUUUAGGGAACAAAAUGACAUAAAUACGUAAAGGGUACUUGACCAACAUGUACAAAAAAUAAAUUAAAAAAAAAAAUAUGGAGAAAAAGGAACAAUUUUAUAACCUCUGCAAGAAUUGUGUGUCUUGUGCAGAUGCCUUAAGUCCUGUAUGAAACAAAAUAAAGUGGAUUUUAAAGGUGA